GAGGAAAGAAGAAGAGGAGGAGGGGGAGGAGGAAGAGGGCUCAGCCGAAUGGCAGCUUUUACGCAUAGGCUCAUCUCACCUGCACUUGAACGCAACACAAGUCGCCCCUCUCGCUCCGCGAGCCUGCAAAGUCAAAGGUUCCCCCAACCCGGUCGGGGUUUUGCUCGGUUUUGACGCGCAUGGAUCCCCACCAGCAGCAUCCCCACCCGUGGGCCCUCGCAGGCUCUCCGGGGGCCCAACGCGCGGAUUUGUGUCAGUAAGUGAUUUGUCACCCUCGUGCCGGGUACGCGUAAAAUGGAAUACGCUGUCUCUUAGCCCCUUUUGGACGCAAACGAUGGCACCAUUUGGGUCGUUUUACGCAGUGGAUCUAUUGUUAUUAUCAUCAUUGUGGGCCAUCAUGGAUGCUUGAAAGCAAGCAGACUGCAACGAAUAUAGAAAAAAAAAAACUUUUGUGCUUGGUAUUAAGAUAAGACUAAAACAAUGGAGCACACUGGCAUUGAGGAGGUGAACCAAACUCACCAGCAGCAACAGCAGCAGCAGCACGAACCCAUCAGUUUCGGCAUCGACCAGAUCCUCAACAGCUCGGAGCAGUCCCAGGGCGGAUGCAUGCUGCCCAACCGGACCGGAGAGCCCGAGUACGCCGCGCUGGCCGCCGCCUCCAACGCCGUCUACGGCAACGGCUACGGUGGUGUUUACAACCCGGCGUGUUCCAUGGGCCUGGCCGGCUCCUACAAUGUCAACAUGAACAUGAACGUCAGUAUGAACAUGAACGUCAACGUCAACUCGGCGGCGGGGGCGGCAGGGGCGGGGGCCGGCGGGGUGAUCCGGGUGCCUGCGCACAGGCCCAUGCCGCCGCCACCGCCCCCGCCGCCCAACUCGGCUGCCGGCGGAGCCCACCAGACACCGCCCGGGCUCGGCAUGGGGCCCAUGGGUAAUACCAAUUUUACCUUCCCCUGGAUGGAAAACAGUAGGAGGUUUGCCAAGGACAGACUAACAGGGGAGCAGGCAGAGGAGAGCCGAGCACGAGAGGCCGUGGGGGGGCCGGGAAACGGGGCUGCAGCAGCCGGGCCCCUCUGCCCUCUCCCCAAGGGGGACAUCGGCAGGGUCCCUGUCUGGAGCACGGUGGAGACCUUAGCUAAAUGCUAUUACCCUGAGCUCGCGCACCUGCGAGACGGCAAUGGCCUCCUUGCAGACUAUUCUUUCCCAAAGGGGGCUUGCCCAGCUGCCCUGUCGCCCUUCUCCGUGACCCGUCGCAUUGGCCACCCAUACCAGAACCGCACGCCACCCAAGAGGAAAAAGCCCCGCACGUCCUUCAGCCGGGUACAAAUCUGCGAGCUGGAGAAACGCUUCCACCGGCAGAAGUACCUGGCGUCGGCCGAACGCGCCACCCUGGCCAAGGCCCUCAAGAUGACAGACGCUCAAGUCAAGACGUGGUUUCAGAACAGGCGGACAAAAUGGCGGAGACAGACGGCGGAGGAACGGGAGGCCGAGAGGCAGCAGGCCAACCGGCUCAUGCUUCAGCUCCAGCAGGAAGCCUUCCAGAAGACCCUGAGCCAGCCCCUGCAGCCCGAUCCGCUCUGCCUGCACAACUCUUCCCUGUACGCCUUGCAGAACCUGCAGCCCUGGGCGGAUGACAAUAAGGUGACGUCCGUCACCUCCGUGGCAUCUGUCUUGUGAAUGUGUGCGCACGCGAGUGUGUCUGGGUAGGGAUUCUGCGACGUAGAAACCAAUGACUCACGACUGACAAAGAGUUCAGGAUAUUGGGCUUUUCAGUAAUGGCCUUUAUAUAUUCCUAACUUUUUGUGAGUAGUCUGUGUGUGGAGUCCUUUUCCUGCCUUACACCACAUUUCC